AAAUACUGACUUUGUUCAGUUUAGUGCUGCUUACUUCCUUAUAGUAGAUCUUUAUAUAGAAAUGUUGGAGGAAAGCAGAUGAGUUUCGGUUUCGUUUCAACUCUCGGCUUAAGUUUCAUCUUCUCAGUUUGUUUAAAUUCAUGUUUACAUGCUUUCUACAUCAGCUGGUCUUCAGACACGGUUACAGAGAGGACAUUUGUACAUCCUGUGAGAUUCGGAAUGCUUUACUGGGGCAGCUUGAACUCGACAGGAGAUGACUCUUCACAUGAGAACAUUAAUGGAUCUGAUCAAAUGUUCCGCGGGACGAGAAUCACGGAUGUGUCCAUCAGAGAGGGGCUCGCGUCCUUCCUCAGGGACACGGACCAGAAGGUCAUCGUAGUGACGUCACACAACCGAAUUACUUUAGAUUUGAAGAAGGAGCGAACUGCGUUAUUGAGCAGCGGAAAGGAGCAUGUUGUGCUUGUGUCUGAGAAAGGGACGGUGCAGGAAUGGAAACGUUCAGCUCGAUGCAACAUACCCAAGACAUGUGGCAGCUUAACUAACAGACAAAUUGCACAAGUUGCAUGUGGAAACUAUCACUCAGUUGUCCUAACAAAAGAUGGUCAGUUGUUCACGUGGGGUCAGAACUCGAGUGGUCAGCUUGGUUUGGGGAAAGGUGAGCCGAGCCGAGCCGAUUCUCCUCAGCCCCUCAAGUCUCUGUGUGGGAUCCCACUGGCACAGAUCAGCGCCGGAGGAGACCACAGCUUCGCCCUGUCUCUCUCCGGAGCCGUGUUCGGCUGGGGUAGGAACAGCGCCGGGCAGCUGGGCCUGGGAGACACUGAUGAUAGACAUGUCCCUGUUUGUGUGAAGAGCUUGAAUUUGAAGAAGACCGUGUUCAUUUCAUGCGGAGAGGACCACACUGCUGUUCUAACCAAGGGUGGACUGAUGUUGACAUUUGGCUCAGGUCAUUAUGGGCAGCUUGGACAUAACUCACUCAGAGAUGAACAUCAUCCCCAUUUAGUUGCUGAACUCUGGGGGUCCAAAGUGUCCCAAAUAGUCUGUGGACGGCAUCACACUCUGGCAUUGGUUGAAUCUUCAAACAAAAUCUACUCAUUUGGAUGUGGAGAGCAAGGUCAGCUGGGAAUUGGCCAGAGGGCCAAUCAGUGUGUGCCACUUCCUGUCCAGUUGCCACCAGAAUAUAGCCCUGAACAGAUGAUUAAGAAAAUUACUGCUGGAGGAAAUCUUUCUGUCGUCUUUAUCUCUACAAUGGAUGAUGUUCAAGCAAGUUCAAAUCUGAGUUCAUGCAAUGGUACAGCAGUGUUGGACGAUGAAAUUAUUGAUCGUUGGAUUUCAGACUGUGACUCAAAAGUAUGGAGAAGAAACCAAAGGGAAAUCAAGAAAAUGUUCUCAUCAGCAUCAUGCAUCAACGGUAGUUUCAUUGAGAAAAGCAGUGACAAGCAUUAUAAAACAUCAGUAGUGACUUCUGGGCUGGAUUUAUCAUUGGCUCGUCUUGCUUUUAAGAAGCUGGCCAAAAAGGACAAAGUUUUAUCAGUGGUAGAGGGAACUGUAGAGAGAGAUCUUCUGCCCUCUCUGGGCCCAACUGCUGCUGGUGUGGAGGCUCUGAGGGUUUACCUCAUCCUGCCUGAACUCCUCCGAGUGCUGAACAAAAAAGGACGUGCCACACAGCUCACUAUCUCUCUGGCGUCUGCCAUCUUAAAACUCCAGCCCGAGUCACUGGAUGUCUUGACCAGCCUGUGGACCAAACUAACCUACUACUACUUCAGGACUCUGGUGAAGAUGUUUCACUCAGUGUGUGCUCACUUCAUGUCGCUGAUGAUGACUGCAAAAUGUGACCACUGGACUGAAGUAACGCCUGUGCUGAAGGUUCUGCAGAAGCUUUACAAUAUUAAUAGACAGAGAGUUGUGCGGUUGACUGAGGGUUACUUCCUUAUCAAGAAGCUCUGUGACUUUUUUGACAUGGCGAGGAAUCUGAAUCUGCUUGAAAACUUCUGGGCAAGUAUGGAACGGCUUACAUGUUAUCCAUUUAUCCUUGACAUCAAGAGUAAAUGCUUCAUGUUCCAAUUUUUAAAGGAACAACACAUGGACCCUUUGCUUUUUUUUAACUUUGGAAACAGUCUGUGUGUGAACAGAGAAACAGUGUUGGCUGACACACUUGUGUACCUGAAAAAAAGCAGACAUAAUUUUUCUCUCCCUUUAAAGGUGCAGUUUUCUCUAGAGGCUGGAUUCGAUGAUGGAGGUCUGGGUGUUGAAUUCUUCACCCUGCUCGGACAGGAAAUAAGAAAAGACUCCAGUGCUAUUCAAGCAUCCGAGGACUCGGGACUCUUCUGGUUCUCUACUGAUGAUUCUGGUUCCAGUCAGGAGGAAUUGUACUUCAUUGGUGUCAUCUGUGGAUUGACCUUUUAUAAUCAGUGUUUUAUGAACAUCGGCUUCCCAGUGGCACUGUUCAAGAAGCUGCUGAACCUCAGUCCAACUUUCAGUGACCUGGAGGAGCUGUCACCAGUGGAGGCCAGAAGUCUAAAAAAUGUACUGAUGGAAGACGAGGACGUUGUGGAGGAGCUCUGUCUGGAUUUCACAGUGAAAGGAAAAGAGCUCAUUCCAAAUGGAGCAGAAAUCCCAGUCACAAAAGCUAAUAGGCAGAAAUACGUGGACUUGUACGUCGACUUUGUUUUUAACAAGUCUGUAAAGGAACAGUUUAAGAAGUUUGAGAAAGGUUUUUCACGUGGAAACCCCAUUCCUUUCUGGAAGAUGUUCAAGCCUGAAGAGCUCAGAGACUUACUCUACGGCACGUCUAAAUACGAGUGGGCGGAGCUCCAAAAGGGAGUCACAUAUGAACACUGUGGACCCUCAGAUGAACUCAUCCAGAACUUCUGGUCUGUUUUCUUCGAGCUGAAUGAAGAGGACCAGAAGAAGUUUCUGACUUUCGUCUAUGGGACAGAUCGCCUGCCUGUAGGAGGACUCUCCAAACUGCAGCUGAGAAUUGUGAGACACAACUAUACCGAUGCAGACGAGCGUUUCCCUUCGGCCCAGACCUGCUACGGCAUUUUACGUCUUCCAAACUACAGCAGCAUCCACAUACUUCGAGACAAACUCAUUCAUGCCAUCACUUAUUGUGAAGUUUUUGGACAAGUCUAAAAGUGUGGUUUGUUGGGUUUUAAGAAGACAAAUUAUCAUGUUAUGUCUUUAUAUAUUAUGAUUAAAACAGUCUAUAAACUUGGGUGGGUGAUUAGCAGACUUAUUGGCAAAGAUGAUAGGGCAUUAGUACUGUAUGUGUUACAGUUCACUCGUGUUUCCUUACUUCAUGGGCCAAGUUUGUUUACAUCCUGUUUCUUGUAGUUAGUCUCACUGUGUUGUGUGUAUAGUGACCUUUGCCUCAUGUGAUACACUUUAUCAAUAAUUCCUUCUUUUUUAUUUAUUAAUAUUUACAGAAUAGUACAAUAGAACUCUCUCUCUCUCUCUCUCUCUCUCUCUCUCUAACAAUUUUAUGACAAUUGUAAUAUUUUAAGUUUAAACAUAUUUGGACAGUGUAUAGUUUUAUUGCUAAAUAAUAUAUGCAAAAGAAUAUAUGCAAUAUUUCAAAACACUACAUUUGCAACAUUUGUCCUUUUUUAGGCUAUUCACAAAGGUACAGUAUCUCACAAAAGUGAGUACACCCCUCACAUUUUUGUAAAUAUUUGAUUAUAUGUUUUCAUGUGACAACACUGAAGAAAUGACACUUUGCUACAAUGUAGUGAGUAAAAGUAGUGAGUGUACAGCUUGUGUAACAGUGUAAAUUUGCUGUCCCCUCAAAAUAACUCAACACACAACCAUUAAUGUCUAAGCCGCUGGCAACAAAAGUGAGUACACCCCUAAGUGAAAAUGUCCAAAUUGGGCCCAAAUUAAGAGAUUGUCCAAAUUAAGGAGACAAAUUAUCAUGUUAUGUCUUCAUAUAUUAUGAUUAAAAAGUAAACGUGGGCGUGGGCAUGUGCGUACUGUGUGUUAAAGUACCGGCGUUUACUUACUUUACGGUUCAAGUUUGUUUACAACCUGCUUCUUGUAGCCAGUCUCACUGUGUUGUGUAUUUUGUGAAUUAUAUGGGCUUGUACUGCAGUUUUAAGCCUUGUUUCCACGGUUUUCAUGACUUUUUUUUGUUGCUUAGUUUCUACUUCUGGGUCCUGGUUGUGUAGUUCUUCAAGGUAUUUAUAGCUUUGCUUUUGAUGAUACAUGUUCUAGAUCCAUGAAUCUCAGGAGAAGCUUAAAUAAAGAGAUGACUACAUCCAACAUUCUCGGCCUCAUGUGUUACAAUUAGUCAAUAAUUCCAGAUUUUUUAAUUAUUAAUAUUCACAGAAGGCUACAAAUCUUCAAUACCUCUACUGUAGCCUACUGUGUAUAAAUCUCUAUAUUUGAUGC